CUACCGUGACGCACAGCGAAAGACGCGCCUCAUCUCCUUUGUUGAUGAUGGCUUCUUGGGGUGGCUCGUCCGCAAUAACUCUGCUAUGUUUAGCCAGCCUGUUGUCCAGCAUCACUUGGUACAUGGUCGACGAUCAUAGUGUGCUGGCCUCUUACAAACCUCCCGCUCAGAAGAAAAGUUCCCCAAGUGUGCUUUGUAAAGGCUGCAGGAAACUGAUUGACGACGUGUUGAAGCGUUAUUCUCAAACGUGGGAGAGGAACGAGGAGAGCUACCGGAAUUUCACGUCCAAGCUGAGCAGCUCGUGUCGAGGGUUCGAGAAAGCCAUCAUCACCCAGGCCAACACACCCGUGGGAAGCAAAAUCGUCUACGAUGCCGAAACGUCCAAGACGCUACGAGUGACGCCGGAAAUCUUCAAAACAUUCAUCAAGGAGCAUCCAUUCUCCAACGAGACGUUCGACACGUGCGCCGUUGUGGGAAACGGCGGCAUCCUGGUGGACAGCGGCUGCGGGAAUAUGAUCGACUCGGCUCGAUUUGUGAUGCGGUGCAAUCUACCUCCUCUGAGCGAAGAGUACAGCAAAGACGUGGGCGUCAGGACGGACCUCGUGACGGCCAACCCGAGCAUCUUCAAAGAAAAGUACAACUCACUGUCGGGACGCCGGCGGGACUUGAUGUCGAGACUCCAGAAUUACGGCAAGUCCCUCAUCCUCCUUCCCGCCUUCUCGUUCCCCACGAACACCGAAGUGUCUCUGCGGGUGGCCUACACCCUUGAGGAUUUCAGCAGCCCCUCUCGCGCCAUCUUCUUCAACCCGGACUACCUGCGCAACCUCUCCCGCUUCUGGGCUGCCAACGGCCUCAAGUCCAAGCGGCCCAGCACGGGUAUCAUGAUGGCCAGCUUGGCAUUGGAGGUGUGCUCCGACGUGCACCUCUACGGCUUCUGGCCCUUCGCCAACCACCCGUACGACCUCUACACGCUGACUAAUCAUUACUACGACGACAAGAAGGUCAACACCAAGUUCCACGCCAUGCCCGUUGAGUUUGAAAUGCUGCUCAAGCUGCACAGUCGGGGCGUGCUCAGGCUUCACCUCGGACGCUGUCCAACCGACCAAAAGUAGUCAUUAUAACGGAUAACGGAUUUUUAGCUCAAAAUGUAGGUUCAUUCACUGUAA